UCCAGAAUCACGAUGCUGCACGGUCAUGUUCGAGUAAAUGAUGAUACCGUAGAACGAGUGUUCGAGAAAGGUGAAGAAUACAAGGACGGCACUCUACGUAGGUACGAUGCGCCACAUGCUGCAAUCACAAUCUCGCAUAUGCGGAUGUGCCAGCCAUUUGCUUUUCUGACUGUUGUUACUUUUCGCUCAAUCACAUCUGACAAGGAUGAACAGAUGCUUGGCAAUGCGAGAAGUCAUCAGAUUAAGAUGGUCCUUCAUAGGAUGACGCGAUCUUGUAAAAUUCUGGGCCAAUGA